CGUGACGGUUUACGACAGAAAGGGAGACAACUCCAAUAAGUGCUUAUAGUUUCAUUGUUGCUGUACAAAUUAUGAAUCUGUGGAUUUAUUUCCCUGUUUGCCGGCCGUGGGAUGAUAAAACUUUUUAAAAUGUCGCCCUAAAAGUUUGUAAGGCAUAAUGCCAUGAUGUAGAGGUAGCAUAGCUUACUACUGAAGCUGAAACGCUCGCUCAGGUCAUUGUUAUCACCUAAGCUUGUUUCACUCCCGUAUGCUACUGGCGACUCGUUCAUGUUAAAUGUUUAAUACGCAAGUUGAAAUUCGUAUCAAACUUUUCUCGUAUCAAAUACGAGUGCACUUCAUGUAUGUAUUUUCACGUAGAUGAUACUUAGAUCAGACAGUUUAGUGGUUAGGAGGAAAUAGCGUCCGCCCUAUCUUGGAUAUUGCACACCAAGAUCUAGGCCUAUACCACAGCAUGUGAUAGAAAUGGCAAACCCAGACUAUGGCUUCUACCUUAACAACAACAACAAUAACAACAACAACAGUUAUCUACCAAGUCUACGACAUCCAUCGCCAUUUUUUCCAUUGACGGCAACCUCACAUAUGCCAUCCUCCAUUUAUCAAAACAGUCAAAUUGGACAGAAUGUGACAUCCAAUUUUACCUUCACAUCUCCAACUCAGACCAAUGUUGUAUCCUACGCCUCACCGAUGUAUACUGCCUCAGUGUCCACAACACACAGUCCGUACCAUGGACCUCGUACCGCCCCGGGGACAGGGGCGCGGUGGCAGCACACUGUACCCCAACAAAUGCCGUGGAUGUCUACAGUACCCCAGAGCAGCUCCCCCGUCAUUGUAUUCACAGCACAGUCCUCACAGUCCACAGCAUUUCAGCAGUCUUCUCUGACCUCCAAGUUUGAGCCCAAAGCAUCCUGCAGUUUCACUCAGAGAAGACCAAAGAGACAUAGUGAACUGCAUUACAAUACCUCCAUGUGUCCCAGCUCAAAGGUCCGAAUCACGGAUGAGAAGAUGGCCGCUCGGAUGGAGGGCUUGAACCUAACUGGGACGUCUGAAGCCACAGACCGCAGGCAGUACUCCAGCUGGGAAAAACUUAGGGAAAUAGAGGACAGGUUAGAAGAUGAAGAUAUGGGGAUAGACGCCCCCAGUACAAUCAACCAGAACACCAACUCUAGUCUGCCUCGUCUCAGAAUCAAGGCCGGGAUCAACCCACAAGAUUUACUCAAGUCCACCAUUUUACCCCAGACAAUACUCGAAGAUUUAAAUAAGCCAUGUAUGCAGGUUGUGUUGUGGAAACCCCCUGGCAUUGUGAAGGACAUUGAGGAGAUGUUUUCACCCAAGGCAUCCGGUAUUCAAGGCAGCAGCCUAGAGGACUCAGUCAUCAGCACAGAGGACGUCCUCAGCAACAUGGAGGACUUAGUGACCAGUUCAGAGAACCAGGAUCUGCCAAGUCAAAUACUACAGCAGCCUGUCCGAAACCUCACCAUAACAGUGCCUUCCCCGUCAUCAUAUACAGACAUGUUUCCCUCAACGGCCCUGACCUCCAGCACAGACGCAACUGAGCUCUGUCAUUUCACCAACUCAACCCCAACUCAGCAUUGUCAGUUUACAGAGGACGACAACAUGGACCUAUGACAUGAGAUCAGUCUAGCUCCUUCAUCCCAAAUAUUUUCAUGAAUAGCUUUGUAUAGGAAUCUGGUGUUAUGCUCUCCAUAUCUAAGGGGUGCAUCAUGGUGUAUUAGGAUGUGCCACAUCAAUGUGUCAUUCUCCUAUGUCACUGUCUGUCAGAGGGGCGGUGGGGUACCCUGGUGGUUAAAGCGUUUGCUUGUCACGCCAAAGACCCGGGUGCGAUUCCCGACAUGGGUACAAUGUGUGAAGCCCAUUUCUGGUGUCCCCCAUCGUGAUAUUGCUGGAAUAUUGCUAAAGGCGGCGUAAAACCAUACUCACUCACUCACUCUCUGUCAAAUAAUAUUUCAGUUUCAUUGAACAUCCAGCUAUGGUUUUAUUUCAAGUCAAGUAUUUCAACAGUUUUUCAGAUAUUUCUGCUUGAACUUUUAGAAAAUAGCUGAGCUGUAUCAAUUGUUAUAUUUGGGAUGACACUUUCUUAUCAAAUAAUAAUCGAUUCUGUGUCUCCAGUGGAUUAGUUUUGUAACUCUUUAUGAAAACUUUCAACAGUAUUUCAAGAUGAGCCCAUUCAAUCAAAUUAAUAAAAAUCAUUAUAAUCGGGAUUCAUAAUGCCUGUCUUGGACUUGAAGUUUCUGUAUCUUUAUUUAUAUCAGUGCAUCAAUUUAUCUGAUAUUGUGAUAAGGAUAGAGAUUGAGAUUUCAGUCUGUGAUAUAAUAUCCCCCACGUUUAUUACAGUUCUCAGCUCCAUGGCUUAACAAAGACAUUUUGUCAGUACCAUAUGUGUAACAGUGCUAACUAUACAAAGAAACAUGGCCUUUGUUUGGCUGAUAUAUAGGUGUAGUCAUUAUCGUUAUAUUAAAUUCCCAUACAGUUGAUACAGUUGAAACAUGAGGAUGCAGCUACAGCUGUAGUAUGUAGUAAGAGUCCGCAGCCCGCCACAAAACUGUAGUAAGAGUCCGCAGCACCCCACAAAACUGUAGUAAGAGUCUGCAGCACCCCACAAAACUGUAGUAAGAGUCUGCAGCACCCCACAAAACUGUAGUAAGAGUCCGCAGCCCCUCACAAAACUGUAGUAAGAGUCCGCAGCACCCCACAAAACUGUAGUAAGAGUCUGCAGCACCCCACAAAACUGUAGUAAGAGUCUGCAGCACCCCACAAAACUGUAGUAAGAGUCCGCAGCCCCCCACAAAACUGUAGUAAGAGUCUGCAGCCCCCCACAAAACUGUGGUAAGAGUCUGCAGCAUCCCACACAACUGUAGUAAGAGUCUGCAGCACUUCAGGUUUUUUUUCCUGCAUCAAGCUGACACUUCUGAUACAUCUGAAGGGGCGGUCGGGGUGGCCUAGUGGUUAAAGCGUUCGCUCGUCACGCUGAAGACCCGGGUUCGAUUCCCGACAUGGGUACAAUGUGUGAACCCCAUUUCUGGUGUCCCCCGCCAUGAUAUUGCUGGAAUAUUGCUAAAAGCUGCGUAAAACCAUAUUCAUUCACUCACUGAUAUAUCUGAAAUACUGUUCAAAGCAGCAUUAAACCCAACUCACUCACUCACUCUGACCUGAUGACACAUAGUGUUGUACAAUUCUAUACUCAGUGCACACAAAUACCCGAGGAAGAUUUUCAAUCAUGGCUGGAUUUUCCGUUUAGUUCUCAUUUUAGCAUGUACAGAAACUGUUGACAAUUUUACUUGUUUAGAAGUGUAGUUGUGAAUGUGACUGUAGAGAGUAUCUCUGGCAUUUUUCGGGCCUGUUACAUAUUAUUCCUUGUAAUCCCUUUGUUCUCAGUGUCAGUGUAGUCAAUUCUAGAUACCAGAGUAAAUGUUCACUUUGUUUUCCUGUCAUUGACUGUUAUGUUCUUGGUUGUACAUGUAUGUCCACCGUUGUGUGCUGUCAUGUCUGAAAGUCUGGAUGGCCUAUGUUGUGAUAUGUCUGAAUUGUUUGUCUGUCAUCUAGAUGCCAUCUAGAUGCAUGGAUCUAUCAAUGAUUAGUCUAGACCUUGAACUUGACAUUGAUCCUGACCUUGACUUUAGUUUCUCACCUUGAACUUGAUAUCGACCUUGACACAUUUACCUUGACCUUGAUAUAUCUAUUGGUAUUUUUUCAGUAACGGUGCACUUCUUACACGAGCACAUGUAUAUACAGUGUUUCAGAUCCUGCUAGUUCACAAUUCCUUAUUGUGAAUUAUUUUCUCGUAGUUCCCCACUUUGUCUCACUGGUCUUCAUGGUCUUGGCUGUGUGGACUAGGAGUUUUGUCCGCCCAACACUCGAUACCAGGUAGUUGUGCAAGGUUUAAUAUUUGACUGAAUUAUCUCUGUCGAUAUGUUCAACUCACAGAGGAUCAGGGUUCUGACAAAUUGGCCAAAUACCUUAGGAAAUGAAACUUGAUUUUCUAUAGGUUAAGGGUCAAACCAUUUAAUAUUCAGGUCUGGGGGAGACCUGGUUUUUUUGGACGAUAUUCUUUCUGUCACCGCUUCCAGACAAUGUUUUCUCUGAAUUCUUUUUCGCGACAUGCAUCAUAUCAAGCGAACUUUUUUGUGUGUGUAAAACUUGAGGUCAAAUUAUUUUGUUCACCACAUUCUGAGGUUCGAGGCCUGAGGUCCAAAUCUGAGGUCCCUCCCACCAGAAUGUCAAAUGUUCAGUUGCCAAGAUCAGCAAGGUUCUAGUCUGAGCAUUGAUCCAAUAUGUGUGUGACUUGUACUCUUGAUGUCAUGGGAGUGGUCAAUAUUUCUUUGGAGAAUCAUUGUUGGUUCAGAUAUUUGUAAUAUUCUGGAUAAUAAAGACACACUGGAGGCAGCAAUUCACAUAUACCUUUAUUUUGCUGUUACAUGCAAUUAACAAUGAUAAAACGAAUCUGUACAAAUUAUGAUUACUCAUUAGAUGUUCGUGGUAACCAUGGUAACAGUGUUCCGUUGUUGGAAAUGAUGAUUAUUGUUCUCUUAUAUUCAAGCAAAGGCACUUGGAACUGGAUUAAAAACAAUAUUUGAACAAUUCGAGAAAUGCCGUUUUCUGGGUGUAUAAAACUGUACUAUAUUUUGACACAACUUGACGAAUAAUUUGCUGCUUUCGAUUUUUUUUCAAAUAUUUAUUUUUAAUCCUGUUCCAAUGCCUAUGGAACAAGUCGUUCACAGAACAGGGUGUAUAAAGUUUGAGAGUUUCACGAAGUACAUAGUUUAUAGGAUAUGAUACACUUUCUACAAUGUUUGCAAAUAGUGUAGAAACAAAUUUCAGCUUACAUGAUAAGUAUUUAUGAUUGUCAUUGUACUCUUCAAAUGAUAGUAAAAGACUCCUAGUUUU